AUGCAUACGCAACCCCAGGCUCUGGGCGCCCCCAACGCGGCUUCGCAGGGCAAGGGUGUGCCCGGCAACGGUGCUGACGUGUACAAAACUUCUGCGCCUCCUGGUGCGCAGUGGCCUUCAAAUGACCAGCCAAUACCAUACAAUCAGAGGUUCAAUAUGCUUCCACAUGUUAAAGAUUCCUCCCAAUUUCACCAGCUUGACGGCACUAUAGCCGUAAACCGCGGGCCCUGGCACUUCUCGCUCUGUGUGUGCUGCCAGGGGAUAGAUUCGUGCUGCGAGGCAUGGUGCUGCAUGCCUUGCCAGCUGAGCCGGCAGUGCAAUAUGCUGACGAACAACCGCAAGGAGAUCCACUGGCCAUACUGCUUGCUGAUGACCUUCUGCGACUACACCUGGCUUGUCUUUAAUGCGUCGUGCAUCUUUGCCAGCGAGACACGCCGGAUGGCACGCGAGCGGUACAGUAUUUCAGGCUCUUCCUGCGAGGACUGCUGCAUUGGUUACUUUUGCCGCCCCUGCUCUACGCAGCAGGUGCUGCUGGAGAUGACUCUGAUGAACGAAUUCCCAGGCGCCACGUGCUACGAGGCUACUUCUCAUCCCGCGGGCAGGCGGAUGGUGUAG